AUGGAGAUCUCUUCAGACAAAGCUGAACAUAGGACAAAUAAAACCACAGGUCGAGAUCAUGGUCAAGACAGUGGUUGCAGCAACCAUAUGACAGGUGUCAAGGAGAUUUUUCAGAAUUUGGAUGAAUCAGUGAAAGUCUCAGUUUAUCUUGAUGAUAACAAGCAAGUUCAGUCAGAAGGCAAAGAUACUAUUGUGAUUCGCACUUGUAAAAAGGUUGAUACACCAAUGAAUGCUAAUGAAAAAUUAACUCUUGAGGAUGACACAGAUCUAGCAGAUGCAACAUCUUUUCGAAAAUUGGUUGGAGGGUUGAUGUAUUUGACAUAUACUAGGCCUGACAUUGUAUUUGCAGUAACUAAAAAGAUCUUACGUUAUGUUCGUGGAACUAGCAACUAUGGCAUAUGGUACUCUCAUAUUACUAAUCUGAAUUUGUUUGGCUUUAGUGACAGUGAUUGGGUAGAUUCUUUGGAUGAUCGAAAGAGCACAACAGGAUUUCUUUUCAGUCUUGAUUCAGGAGCAAUUACCUGGACAUCAAAGAAGCAAGUAACAGUUGCAUUGUCUUUAUCUGAAACUGAGUAUGUUGCGGGUGCAGCUGCAGCAUGCCAAGCAAUUUGGGUACAAAGAAUUCUUGAAGAUCUCCAACAACUUCAGUUAAAUGCAACCGAGAUCUUUUGUGACAACAUGGCUGCCAUCUUCAUGUCAAAAAUCUUUCUCAUCAUGGCCGUGUUAAGCACAUUGACAUCCGUCAUCACUUCUUGUAGGAGAUGGUCUUUAAAGGUUUGA